AUGAUGGAAAAGAACAUCUGCUAUCGGCAACGAAGAAGAAAAGAAGUCAUCUACGACGAUUGCGUACUCGAGGACUCCUUGUUCCAAGGUGACUGGCACAUCGAGGAGGACCCAAACGUGGACUACGAGAUGCUGCUCAGAGGAUUACGAGCCUGCGCUGAGCGUGCCUCGAGGCCGCGCACGACAAACUUGGAUCGAAUUGCGAAGACCACCAAGGAAUUGUUGGAAAGAAGAAGGGCUUUGAGGCUUGAUCCGAAUGCAUCGCACAUUGAGCUUUUAGUAGCAAACACUAGCUGCAGAAAAUCGUUGCAGGAGGAUCUUUUGAAUUACAGACAGAAGAAGAUUCUUGAAGCAGCACAAAGAAGAACGAGUCUAAAGAAGUGCCGCAUUGAUCUCCGCAAAUAUAAUAUUCCGCUAGCAUUCUUGCUGAGCGAAGACGGGACUCGCACGUCUUCUCCUCAUGAGAUCGAAAUCAUUGCGGAGAGGUUCUACUCGAACCUUUUCCGUUCAUCAACCCCUGUGUCAAGCCCGGUCACCCCACUGGUGAAGCUCCACCACGGAUUCUCCUUUCGGAAGUACGAGUCGCUAUCAAGAGCAUGA